ACACAUUUAUGCGCCGGAUAUGUUUCCUUCCCUGUAUCUCCCGAAUGCUGAUGUGUUUAAAAAAAAUGACACCGCACUUGGAUAUCAGGCUCUGAGUACUUCUACAAUAAAAUAAUAAGACAGAAAAUUGGCGGUGGGUCCGAGGACAGAGCAGACGGAGAGGAGAAGAUAAUCAUCAGCGGAACACGGAGCGAAUGGCGCCCAAAGGUAAAGUCGGCACGAAGGGAAAGAAGCAGAUCUACGAGGAGAACGAGGCGACGCUCAAGUUCUACACAAGAGUUAUCCUUGGAGCAAAUGCGAUCUACGCUGCUGUGAAUUUCUUGGUUUUCUACAGUUCCUCUACAUUUUGGACAUGGCUGCAGCUGGUGUUUGCCGUCGCCGUGUACGUUGGGAGUUACCGCUCCAUGUCAGCCAUGGCCAAGCCAGCGUUUGCUGAGGACGGAAGCCUCCUGGAUGGAGGAAUAGAUCUAAACAUGGAGCAGGGAAUGGCAGAGCACUUGAAGGAUGUAAUCCUGCUGACUGCCAUAGUUCAAGUGCUGAGCACAAUCUCCUCAUAUUUCUGGUAUCUCUGGUUGCUGGCUCCAGCCCGUGCCCUCCACCUGCUUUGGGUGAACUUUCUGGGCCCCUGGUUCAUGGCAGAAAACCCAUCUGCACCAGAGGAGGUGAAUGAGAAAAAGCAGAGAAGACAAGAGCGCAGACAGAUGAAGAGGUUCUGAUGGCGCCGAGCAGACGGAGCAGUAUUUUUGUACACAAAAUCUAAUAGAUGGCAAAGAACUCUGAGCUUAUUCCGGAAGUCAUUUUGUUCAUUUAAACUCUGAAUGAUUCUCUGGAAGUUUCUUCUCUGUUUUCCUCUCAAAUCAGAUUUUUCCUAAAUGGUGAAAUGAAUUGUUCCCAGUUUAUUGCCCCCGUCUGAACAUCAUUAAGAUAUUGAAGUGUUUUGCCUUUGGCCCACAGCACGUUUCCUUCAAGUUACCCACCAACAUCCAAACAC